AUGUUGGAUAUUGCUGCAAAGGAUACAGUAGAUAUUCUAUGUCCUAUGGUCUCAUAUUCGCAAAGAGAGAUUGAGAAGUUUCACUCUAGACCAGAAUACUCUAGAAGUCUCUGGAGCGAAUGUAAAUGA